GAGGAAAGGGAGGCAUGUCUCCUCUGUGUAACUUUACCUGAGGGUGUCGCUGUUGGGCCAACUUUCUGCAGAGUCAAUAGCUACAGACCUCCAAACUUCGUGUGGCCUUCAGAUUAGCUCAAGAACAGUGCAUAGAGAGCUUCAUGGAAUGGGUUUCCAAGGCGGAGCAGCUGCAUCCAAGCCGUACAUCACCAAGUGUCGGAUGCAGUGGUGUAAAGCAUGCCGCCACUGGACUCUAGAGCAGUGGGGACGUGUUCUCUGGAGUGAAGAAUCACGAUUCUCUGUCUGGUAAUCUGAUGGUCGGUUUCUUCAAGCGUCUUGGAAACACAGCCACAGUUCUUCUGGAUUUAGUUUGUCUCAGUUUCACUUGUUUCUUCAUGUAAUCUCAGACAGAUUCGAUGAUGGUGAGAUCAGAUCUCUGUGUGGAGCACCGGCUGUUAUCAGACUCCUUGUGCAUUCAAAAAAUCUCACUGGAUUAUUACAAUUAAUGACAAAAUGAAUGUUUGGAAAAGUGAACUGAUAUUUCCUACUGAUACACUACAACAAAUGUUAUAAAAAAACUGGCUUAAAACCCUUUUUUGGGGGUGAAAGUACUGACAUGCCUAAGACUUUUGCACAGUACUGUACACACACACACACACACACACACACACACACAAGAGAUGCUGCGAUUUGGCUGUUGGCAUUUCAAUUUUAUAAAGCACAAAACAUCUGAUAACAUUUGAGUGAAUUCCACACUGCUAGAAAAAUAAUACUAACACACUAGGAUUGAUGUUGUCCUUUCCCACAGUGGCCUUGUUUUUGGGAUGAACACAGAAAGGGUCAGUUUUGGGGUGAGCAAUGAGUAAAUAUUUAACUCAUCUUUUCCAGAGGUGCCUGUGUGUACAUGGACAGGGGCAGCUCCUAAUAUUUACAGCACAACAGAGAUAGGAUAACAAACAGAAGGACUGUGGGAAAACGCAUCCACAUAUGUGUGAAUUAAGAACUACUGGAAACGUCUCCCCCAUUAACAUAUGUAGUUGAUCAAGCGGAAGUGAGUCUUUUGGAGAACACGUUCAUCCAGUGGGCAACAUGGCGAUAGUAGCACUGGAGUUGAUGGGUUUCUUUUUUGGCCUUUUUGGCAUGCUUGGAACCCUAGUAGCCACUCUUCUGCCAUAUUGGGCAACAUCUGCACAUGUUGGCCCCAACAUCGUGACAGCGGUAGUCAGCAUGAAAGGUCUGUGGAUGGAAUGCGUGUACCAGAGCACUGGAGCCUUCCAGUGUGAGACCUACAACACCCUUCUGGGGCUCACCACUGAUCUACAAGCAGCCAGAGCCAUGAUGGUCAUCUCGUCCAUCUUUUCUGUCAUGGCCUGUGCGUUAUCCACUGUCGGCAUGCAGUGCACUGUCUGCAUGGAUGGCUCUUCUAUCAAGACCAAGGUGGCUGGGGCAGGUGGUUUCUUGUUUCUCCUGGCAGGGCUUUUGUCGUUGAUCCCUGUGUCUUGGAAGACCCAUGAGGUGGUGCAGACCUUCUACAUGCAGAACAUGCCAGCCAGUCUUAAGUUUGAGAUUGGUGACUGCCUGUAUGUGGGUUUGGCUUCUUCACUCUUGUCCAUGCUAGGUGGAGGGCUGUUGAGUGCAUCCUGUUGUGAUGAUUUAGAUGGUAGCAGGGGAAACAGACACCAUUACCCCUACCCUGACCGCACCAUCCCACGCGGACUGCCCCUUUCGAUGCCCUACCAUCCAGCUAAUCUACAUUUGACCACAAACCCUAACCUUACCAACAAGAACCAGACCCUUAACAGCCAUACAAGCACUAGUACCCACUCCACUAUGCCCGCCCAGGGUCCCAGGAAAACGGCUCGGCAGAACACAGCAGCUGGGUAUGAUGUCACUGGCUACGUUUGAGGAUUUGUGCUUGUCUGUGCAGUUGUUUUGUACCAAUUCUCCUAAAAGCACUAUAGUGCUAUACUUGGACUGCUGAAAGACUCUUAUAAUAGGUUGGAUUGUUGGAUUAAGGCACAAGCAGAGUGGACACAUUCCCAGAGAAAGAGCAAAUGUGUCUGAUAUGAGGAUGAACAGAAUAUGAGAUUUUGGUUUCGCUUCUCACAUGGACAUUGAUGUUCUUUUUCGGAGGAUCAAAAAUUCAAAAUAAUCAGCAAGAUGAUUUUUGAUAUGGAUCGACAUAAUCAUAUGUAAGCAGAGCUAAUAUUUGACAAUGACUUUUCAGCUGCCCUCUCAGAAAGCACUGGGUCGGUCAAUCUUGUUAAGUGCACUUAAACAUACAAAAUGUUUUUGUUGUCAAAUGUAGUUUUUUUGCAACAUUAUUGCAUCUGUAUGACUGUUUUACACAGCUUGUUUUUAUAAUUUGAUAAUAUAGUAAUAUUCACUUUGUCAGCAUUAACAAAUCUAUAUGUGCUCACUAUGAAGACUAAAUGAUCAUAUUCACUUUGUAAA